CAAAGCAAACCUUGCACACUGUGCGGGUGACAACAAAAGAUGCCAUAUUGCGCGGUGGUCUAAAAUAGUAUAUGUUUGUUUUGAUGACUUCAUGCACAGCUUGGAGGAGAAAAUAUCCGCUAUCAUACGCCAGAAUGGAUCAUUUUGCUUGGAGAGCGCUGUUGUCCUCUUAGCCAAUAAAAGCUGAGGAGGCAGGAAGGGAAGCAGGUGGGAGUCGGUGGGGGGAGACAGCGGAGAAGAGAAAAUUUGGCCGGGAAUGAGCGGCAAGAAAUAGCAGAGGCAAAGCUGGAGUGGACAAGUUGUCUGCGUGCACAUGCAAGCGGCAAGAUCGCUCUUCACUUGUGUGCCCAAAAAAGGGCGUCGUGCUCACUGCUAUGAGAGCUCCACCCGGUCUUGGCAAAGCUCUUCCUUGAGGAUCUGCAUCAUGUCUCGUGGCCUUGAAGCAGAGCACCAUCCACACCUGUGAAGAUCCCCCCAAGUAACACGUCCUUAGAAAGAUGCAGUUUCAGCCUCCUUGGCCCCACCUCGCCUUUUUUGCCGGAGUGCUUCUGGUCACCCCCUGGGUGCCCCCGGGGGUCCGCUGCCAGAAUGACACGGAGCCAAUCGUGUUGGAGGGCAAAUGUCUGGUGGUGUGCGACUCCACCCCCUCCGCAGAGCCAUCGACAAACGCCCUGGGGAUGUCGGUGAGGUCGGGAACGGGCAGGGUGGCCUUCUCGGCCAUCCGCAACACUAACCACGAACCCUCGGAGAUGAGCAACCACACCAUGACCAUCUACUUUGACCAGAUCUUGGUGAACGUCGGAAGCCAUUUUGAUCCCGCCAGGAGUCUCUUUGUGGCUCCAAGAAAGGGAGUCUACAGUUUUAGCUUUCAUGUGGUCAAAGUUUACAACAGGCAGACAAUACAGGUGAGUUUGGUCCUCAACGGAUGGCCAGUGAUCUCAGCCUUCGCGGGUGACCAGGAUGUGACCAGGGAAGCUGCCACUAACGCUGGCCUGGUGAUGAUGGAAAGGGGGGACAAGGCAUAUCUCAAACUGGAGAGGGGCAACCUGAUGGGUGGGUGGAAGUACUCCACUUUCUCCGGAUUUCUGGUCUUCCCUUUGUAGUACAGCGGCCAGGUGAAUGCUUGUGGAGAGACGACAAAGCCUUUUAACCGUUGCUAACAAUCAUGUUAACCAGCGAAAGACUUUUAAGCUAGUUAGCUAUUAUUAACAUGCACCAAAAUCAUCCUGACUAUAUUUUUCAUCUCCCCCAAACUUUUGUCAAUAACUCGUGAUUGUAACCCAAUGUCUGUGCUUGCUCGCACCGUGAGGCUGCUCGGAAUUUUCGCAAAAGCAUGAAUCAAUUUGUAUUUUGAUUUUGUUUGCUAGCUUUCUGAUCAGUCUAUCUUGCGCUACUAGCUACAAGCUACUAGCAAAAAUUUCAAUAGAGCUAGCUUGCUGGAGCAUUCCAAAUAGCUAGCUAUACUGUAUUAUAGAUGUCUUGCUAUCGCAUUCAUUUUCAAUAUAUACUCUGUCUCACAGUGACUGUACUAUUUGUUCUCACACUAGCUGGUGAACAUGAAUGCACCUGGCAGAUAAAGUUUAUCUGGUCAAAAUGA